CCGACUCCCCGAACUCCCUCGUAAACCCUACCUAGCCGCGCGACGACGCCAGCGGCGGUGGCGGAGCCCCCACCUCCGCCCCUUCCCCGCCUCCCCCGCCCCGCCGCAGCCGGCAAGGGCAAGGGGAAGAUGAAGGGGGACGAUCUGUCGGAGGAGGACCUCGAGCUCAAGGCGCGUCUCGAGGAUUGCGUGCAGCUGGCGCAGAGCGGCGACCCCCGCCUCCGGGUAGAAGCCAUCGACACCCUGAGGAAAGAGAUUCGUGCGGCGACAAGCUCAAUGACGUCUGUCCCGAAACCACUCAAAUUCCUCCGUGCACACUACGGAACUCUCAAGGCUUGUUUUCAGAGAAUGCGGGAUCCUGCACAGAAGAAACAUAUGGCUGACAUUCUGUCAGUAUUGGCCUUGACAGCGUCUGCUGAAGGAGAAAGGGAAAGCCUCAAGUACUGUAUGAUGGGCUCUUUAGUUGAUAUAUGUUCAUGGGGUCAUGUAUAUGUGAGAAACUUGGCUUUUGAAAUUGGAAAAGAGUGGAAGGACAAUGGCUCAUCAACACCAAUUGAAUCCAAGAUAGAACUAGUGCUGGAAAUUGUCAAAUUUCACAUGAAGCAUAAUGCUGAAACUGAAGCUCUGGAUCUUUUGAUGGAGGUUGGAUACCUUGAGAUGCUUUUAGACGAAAAAUAUGAAGAGUACCUUGCAAGGCUAUUUUGUCUUGUUGACUCUACCAACUACAAAAGGGCAUGCUUGUAUUUGACUACUUCUUCUAAAUACCUUUUGACUCCUGACCGUGAGGCCUAUGAGGCCACACUUUACAUUGCCUUUGGCUUGUAUGGGAAGUUUAGGGAUCUUGCAAGUGCUUUGCGAAUUGUGCUUUUGGUCAACGACGACAAGUGUUGUGAUCAGAGUGUGAAGAUUGUAUUUGCAGAAACUGAAGAUUUCUCCCUGAAGCAGCAACUCGCAUUUAUGAUAGCACGCUAUGGUUUAAGCAUGGAGGUUGAUGAUGACAUGGUUGCAGAUGAAAAUGAGAAGAAUGCUUUGCAGGAAGUAGUUAAUAACACCAAACUGAGUGAGGGGUACCAUAUGCUUGCGCGGGAUAUUGGUGUCAUGGAGCCAAAAUCUCCAGAGGACAUAUAUAAGGUUCAUCUGAUUGGCGGUCAAGGUGCCAAAAGCUCCAGCCUUGAUUCUGCAAGACAAAAUUUGGCCGCAACUUUUGUCAAUGCAUUUGUGAAUGCUGGUUAUUGCCAGGACAAACUCAUGACUGCAAUUUCAGAUUCUUCUGAAAAUUUGCUAUUCGAGAAGAACGAACUUGGGAAAGCCAGUGCAGUAGCUAGUCUGGGAAUGAUACAUCUAUGGGAUCAUGAUUCAGGAUUUGCCAUACUUGACAAGUACCUGCAGAGCGAUGAUACUCAUGUCGUUGCAGGGGCUUUGUUAGGUAUAGGAAUGGUCUCUUGUGGUGUGAAGAAUGACUAUGAUCCUGCACUUGCUCUUAUUUCUGGGUAUAGCACGAGUGCAGCAUCAAUUACACGUAUCGGUGCAAUCUUGGGCCUUGGUAUUGCUUAUGCUGGGUCCCGGAAAGACAAGCUUAAAUCGUUGUUCUUAAUUACCUUGAGUGACUCCCAAGCACCUUUGGUGGACUUAGUGUUCUCUGCCAUCUCCUUGGGAUUGGUGUUUGUUGGUUCCUGCAACGAAGAGAUUGCACAGUCAAUCAUAUCUGUCUUGAAAAAUCUUAUUAAAGCAGAGCUUGCAGAGCCCAUUAUUCGUCUGCUUCCAGUUUCCAUUGGCCUUCUAUAUCUUGGAAAACAGGAGGGGCCGAAGGCUAACGUUGUUAAGGUUUCUGAAACAUUUGAUGAAAUAAUGAAGGAGGUUUCUAAAUUUUUUGAUAAAACAAUGAAGGACUAUUGGGAUGUAACUCUUAUGUCUUUGGCAUAUGCUGGGACAGGGAAUGUGCUUAAGGUUCAGGAGCUCCUUAGUAUCUGCUCAAAAAAGGAAGGUGGAAGUCACCAAGGGCCAGCAGUACUUGGAAUUGCUCUUAUUGCCAUGGCUGAAGAAUUAGGAGUUGAAAUGGCUGUACGGUCCCUUGAGCAACUUUUUAAGUAUGGUGAUUAUAAUAUUAGAAGAGCGGUUCCUCUUGCUCUUGGCAUGCUCUACAUAUCCAAUCCAAAGGUAGACGUUGUAGACACACUGAGUAGACUGAGCAAUGAUGCGGACGGUCAAGUAAUGAUGGCUGCAACCAUCUCACUGGGUUUGAUAGGUGCUGGUACAAACAAUGCACGUAUAGCCGAGUUGCUUCGUAACCUCUCAAGUCAGGAACAUGGCGUUUACCUGUUUUGUGUGAGGAUUGCCCAGGGUCUUGUUCACCUAGGGAAGGGCUUGCUGACACUUGCCCCAUACCACUCUGACCGGUUACUUCUAUCCCCCGUAGCGCUAGCUGGGCUAGUAACCGUUCUGCACGCAUGCCUUAACAUGCAACCCACCAUCCUCGGAGAGUAUCCCUACAUGCUAUACAUCCUUGCCCUUGCUAUGCAGCCUAGGAUGUUACUGACUCUGGAUGAGGAUCUCAAGCCCCUCCCUGUGCCUGUUCAUGUUGGCCAAGCGGUUGAUGUGGUCGGUCAAGCGGGAAGUCCCAGGACCAUCACUGGGUUCCAGACGCACAACACGCCUGUAUUGCUCGCUGCAGGGGAGCGAGCUGAGCUAGCAACUGAAAAAUAUAUUCCGCUGACACCAGUUCUGGAGGGCUUUGUGAUCCUGAGGAAGAACCCAGAGCAUCAUGAAGAUUGAGAGAUUGGUGCGAUGCAAGCGUAAGCGGAUCUGCGGAUGGAGUGCCAUGAAGAGGCUUGGUCAACAUCUAACUGUCACACAAGCAAGCGACAAUGACUAUUGUGAAGAGGCUGCAAAUAUUCCUUCUAACAAAGUACAGGUCGUACAGGGGUCAAUACAAAGAGCGGAAUAGUGUUCGGGGUCAAUGUUUGUACAGAGGGAGAAUCGGGUCGAUGUUUCUUCGGAAAGAGGAGAAGCAACUUUGUCGGAAGGGGAAACAGAAACAGUGGGUGUGA